AGAGCGAUACAUUAGACGUGUGUUUGACUCCGCUUCAGACUGUCGGCCGUUGGGUUGUCUGCUCGCCGAGACUGCUAAAGUCAAAGUUUGAAAUCAGUUCGUGGGGAGCCAUCUUCGAGGUUUGAGGUUCUAGAGAGCCUUCAUCGCCGCGGGUGCGUGAUCGCGAUCGUGUAGCAUUAGGGCGUCGUAGAUUAGAAGCGUGGCGUGCGUGCGUGCAACGAUGACGAAACGAAGGAAACCGCCCUUGACUACGGCAGCGGAUAAAGCAACAAAAGUGAUGAAAGUGUUGGUGGGGCUAGUGCUGGUUGUGAUCGUUUUGGCGCGCAAUUGUGAGGCAAAUUUUGUGGCCUACGACGACGAAGGUGAUAAGGAUACCACAGGUCUGGAAGAGUACGUCAACGAUGAAGAGCAGAAGCGUGCCGAUUAUCACGAUGCCAUCGAUCGGUUGAUUUCUCACGCUUUGAACGAGACGCAUCAUCAGGAAUCCCCAGAGACGGACAAGGUCGACGUCGCGCCCGCUGCAGUUGAGGAAACCGAGCGAGAUGUGGAUCUGACGUGUGCGGCAGGUCGCUCGCCACAACCAAUCAAAGCACUUGCGGGGCUAACAGUGAACAAAUGCUGCCCCAUGGGCCAGUCAUUCCUGCACGAAAGCAUCAGCAAAUGCCGCAUUCCACUGCGUCGACCACGCUUCCCGGUCGUUAGCCGCGAGGUGCAUCUGUACGAUCGAUCCUGCUAUAAAUUCGGGACGUACCUCAAGCAUAACCUGACCGUCGAUGGCCAUUGCAUCGGGAAACAUCUGGUGUUCAACGACGGAGCAAUGUUCACGGUGAUCCAGAACGGGUCCCUGAUGGUGUCCACCGCAGAAAAGGUGCUGAUCUACAAGGAUUACUGCCUGGAGGAAACGGGAAGUUCGGUACUGAUCGCACACGUGUGCGAUGCCAUUUACACUCCGGAUCCGUUCGACUGGGUUGAUAAGCUGAUCAUUGGCAUGGCACUGUUGCUCCUGUUCGUGACGGUGUUGUUGUACGCUUUCGAGCCCAGCUUCCAGACCGUGUUCGGACGGUUGAUUCUGAUCCAUGCGGGAUUGCUGUUCACCGCACUGUUACUGGAGGCGGCGCUGACCGAGUUCAACGAAGCUUUCUACUCAACUAUCGUGUACUUCCUCAUUGGAGCGGCAUAUGUCCUUUUUGCGGCAGCCAAUUUGUAUUCCUUGUUCACAAGUCUGAGCAACUACCAGAAGAUAGACAAUCGAAACGUGGUGUACUUGGCGUUUGGAUGCUGCAUCUUCUGGGUGGCUUCCGUUCUGCUAACAAUGUACUUUAAUGACAAAAUGGUCGCUCUCUGUACCAUUUUCAGCGGUUUGCUGUUAAGUGUUCUAGUCAAUUUGAUUAUCCUGCGGGGGAUUUUCAACCGCCGACAUCAGCUGCUCACGGCGAUGGACAGUUGCUACGAGAUUUCAGAUAGCUCCGAGUAUUCAACCUAUGUCUACCACAGGAAAGAGCUAGCCAUCCUGUCCUCGUUUGCGACGGUCCUGCAGCUGCUGCACUGGAUCCUGUUCGUGGCCAGCCGGUACAACUUGCUGUACGCGCUCAGUUGGUGCGGUUUGACCAUAUUUGCCGUAUUCGUGUGCUUCCGGUAUCGAUCGAUAACGUUGUUGCUUUCCAGCUCCGGCAAUGCUGGCAAUGGCAGCAGCAUCUCAAAAGUACUACGUCAUCGUCAUCAACGGCACCCCCACCACCACCCUAACUACCUUCAGCAGGAGCAGCAAUUGCCCGCAUCUGAAGAACUGGUCCCAACGACGACGCCGCCCUGGGAGAAUGGGUAUAAUCAACUGCACGCGGCGGCGUCACCCACCCACAGUCAGCAGCAGCGUCGGGAUAAUCAGAAACACUCGUCCCUCACUCCGGUGGCCGAGGAGCGGGAACGGGAACAGGAUGAUGCUGCCAACGCCCACAUAGUGUGAGAGCAAACGAUCAUCGCAGGGAAGACCCGGGGCAAGGGUUAAAUGGGGCGGAAAGCAGAACUUAAUGCCUUAAUGGCGCCCAAAGGUUGUGUGUUGUGAUUAAUCGCGUAAUGCGUCCUCCGGGUGUGAUUUGGCGCUUUUAAGCGUACACCUUGAGGUCCUAGAUGUUUAAGGAUUUUAAUGAUAUAAGUUUGUAAAGCGUGAAUACAAUUGCAUUUAAGAAUGGAA